GAUCUGCACCCGUUCUGGGCUACCCAUCGUGGUAGGGAAUCAAUUCUCCAGACAACCACGAACGUGAGGGGCAGGUAUAUGUAUCACGUCGCUUCAGUCGCUUCUCGAUGUUCAGACGAGUUUACAGCUACUAAACAGCAAUCAUGGGUCGUUUAGAUGGUAAAGUCGCUAUUGUUACAGGCGCCGCUUCUGGCUUUGGUCAAGGCAUCGCUGAGCACUUCGCUGAAGAGGGCGCCAAGGUCCUCAUCUGCGACAUCAACGAAGCAGCAGGCCAAAAAGUAGCUGCGACGUCUGAAUCCUUCGAGUUUCAGACCAUGAACGUCACCAAAGCAGCGGAUUGGCAGAGCGCUGUUGAUAAAGCCGUUCAGCUUUGGGGACAUCUUGACAUUCUGGUCAAUAAUGCCGGUACAAGCUAUGAGAACAAGAGCACCAACCUAGUCACUGAAGAAGAAUUUGACAAGGUAAUGAGCGUCAACGUCAAGAGCGUCUUCCUCGGCAGCAACGCCUUCACAACCCAGGUCAAAAAGCAAGGCUCAAAAGGCUCAAUGAUCAACAUCGCCUCUGUAGGCGCUCAUCGACCUCGCCCAGGCUUGGUAUGGUACAACGCAUCCAAAGGAGCGAUCACAAACGUAAGUCAAGUCAGAUUGACCCAUAUCACGCAAAGCUAAUGCUAAGGUACAGGCGACCAUGGGUCUUGCAGCGGAAUAUGGUCCGGAUGGAAUACGCGUCAACUCCAUUUGUCCCUUGGCGACUAUGACUGGUCUUCUUCCAACAUUUAUUGGGAAAGAGAUCACGCCAGAGGUUCAGAAGGCGCUGGGGAAUGUUCCACUUGGAAGAAUGGGGGAGAUCAGGGAUGUUACUAAAGCAGCGGUGUUUUUGGCGAGUGAGGAGGCUUCGUUUAUCACAGGUGUUAAUCUGGAUGUUGAUGGAGGGAGGGCAAUCUAGUCACCUUACUCGUUAACUGAGAGAACGAUGCAGUGAAUUGUCCGGCAUAUCCCGCGCUGAAUGAGACAAGAGACGCUUAAGACCCCGGGAGCCCCCUAUGCAGCUUGUCGAUCAAGUUGCCAGGGUCUGAUUCCUUUGGAUGUUGGUGAACAUGUGAAUGCUCGGCAUUAGUGCUGUAACCCCAGCGCUCGUCACAUUUGCCGCGUAUGGCUCCAAAAGAUUGGGCGGGGGCAAGCUGCUGAUGAACUGAUUGACGUGGUUCUGCUGAUCCUCAAUGUGGUGAGAUUAAGCACUGACAUUUUCGGUUUGACGAUGCGGCGCUGGGAAUUCCGGGGGAGAGGAAAGGGU